GAGGGAUCUUAAAUGUAUCCAGCUGCUACUAAAAAGGGAGAUUGCUCAGAUUUUGUUCCCCGAGAGCAAUGUGCUGGUUAUCUGUGUUGGUGGCCGUCCUGUCUGCUGACUGAGUGGGAGGAUCACACUGGGAGACUAAUAAGGACAGAGCUGAUUCUACCCUCUCCCACUCUUUGGGAGGCUGAAUCCAGUAAGUUCAGCACUUGCAGCUUUGUAUCAUUUUGACUGUGGGAUUUUAUUCAAACAGAUUAAAGACUAUUUUGGAUAUUGGAUCAUAUGGUUCCUUUAAGAAAUGAAGCUGGUUUUACUAUGGAUUUAUGUCGUCAUCAUGCUCCCGCUUUGUUUUUCAAUGGCAGUGAGCAAUAAAACAGUAUGCCCUGUUCUUAAAACUGAUGGUCUUGGGUUUAGACAAGGAUACAGGGAAAGGCUGGAAUUUUCAGGAUAUGACCUCGCAGAGCAUUUUUCUCUGAAAAAGACAUCCUGUGGAGGCGAAAAGACAUGUUUUAAGCUAGGAAGCACUCCUCUGAUCAAAGACACACAGAAGAUUUUUACUGCUGGACUUCCAGAUGAAUAUUCAAUAAGUACCCUUUUCCGUGUAAGACGCAAUACUAAAAAGGAGCGCUGGACUUUGUGGAAAACAUUGACUCGUUCUGGGGUUCUGCAGGAUUCAAUUAUAAUUGAUGGUGAGAAGAAAGUUGUGGAGUUUACUGCUAAAAGUGGAGGAUCCACUUUUCUCUAUACUUUUAGGAGUCGGGAGCUUCACCCUCUUUUUGAUCGUCAGUGGCAUAAGCUUGGAAUAUCCAUUGAAGAAAAAAUUAUCUCACUUUAUGUAGACUGUAAAUUAAUUGAAAGAAGACAGACGGAUAUAAAGAACAGUAUUGACCUUCAGGGACGAUCUCUUAUUGUGGGGCGUGCAUCUGAUGACAGACCUGUUGAUAUUGAACUCCAGCGAAUAACAAUUUACUGCAGUCCAAAACAGGCGGCUCAAGAAAACUGCUGUGAGGUAUCUGAUGGAAUGUGCAAUACCCAGGGAGACCAAGAGCCUCCUGUCUCCCCAUCAGUUGUCAAGGUGCAUUCCCAACAAAACACAGAUUUGCCACCUGAAAAUAAAUGCUACUGCUUCCCAAAUAAGGGUGAAUCAGGGCUACCAGGAUCAUCUGGUUUACCAGGCCAGAAAGGUGAUCCAGGAGUACAGGGUGAAAAGGGAAGCAUAGGUGAACUUGGAACUCCAGGAGAAACUGGGGAAAAGGGCGAAAAAGGUUUUGAUGGACUUCCUGGCCCAAUUGGUCCCAAGGGAGAAAGUGGGCUUGAGGGUAGCAAAGGAGAGAAAGGAGACAUGGUAUGUAAAUUAAAUGAUUGAAAUCUGAAAGUUGUAUCUUUAGGUGACUUGUUUUUUUGAUGUUGCACCUGACAAACAGUAUAAUCAUAUUCAAUGCUCACUAAAUUGUGUGUAGCUUGUAAUUAAAUAUAGUAAUACUACUGGUUUGUACUAAAAACUUGCUACAUUUUUAACCUGAUAUAAAAGUCUCAGCAACCUGUUGACAUGAACUUGGCAACGUAAUACAUUCCUGCACUCUAUUCUCUAUUCUGACCCAAUUCAACCCAAGUUCAAAAUAAAAA